AUGCAUAAUGAAUGCAAUAACGAAACCAAACCUAAUGAAAGACAGGAGUGUUCGGCGACUAUUGAUUGUAAAAAAACACAUUCAAAUUCAAACGAGAACUCACAGGAAGAUUCUCCCGGAGCGCCCCUAACAUCUCAAUGGUAUCAUAGAGUGACCAACCCUUCGCUAUCGAGCGAACCAAAUUAUAUAGUGGGCGAGUGGUCCACAUGUAGUGCCGAGUGUGGGAACGGCAUUAAGAAGCGCUCCGUUGACUGCAAAAUAUUUUUAGAGUUUUCGCGAAGUGUCGUCCGAUUGCCGGACAGCCAGUGCUCCGGAGUUAAGCCCAAAGAGAUUGAGGUUUGUCUCAUAAAAGACUGCGAACCAAUUGCUGAAGAAGACGACGACUUUGACGAUAUGGACGAAGACGAUGAGGACAGCGAUAAUCAUAUAAUAAGCACUGGAGUUGAGAAACCGGCCAAUAAAUUGGUUCCGCUCUCGAAGAUUGGUAUUGAAACCAAAUACUUUUGGAAGAGUUCGGGAUUUACAGAGUGUUCGGCCGCUUGUUUAGGGGGCACUCAAGAGUCAAUUAUACUUUGUGUCAGAGAUACGGAUCAGUCGGUAGUUAAUCCAUAUUUAUGCGACAUAAAUAAGAAACCUGAUUCAUUUACGCGCACAUGCAAUGAUCAUCCCUGUCCUCCCAGGUGGAAUGUAUCAGAUUAUGGCCAGUGCUCUAAGGAAUGCGGGGCUGGAGUGCAGACACGGGAUGUGCAGUGCGUUCACGAAGUGACCAGAGGUAUCGCCAACACUAUAGUUGUGGCCAAUCAUCUCUGCAAAGAACCGAUGCCUAAACUUAAACAGUUUUGUAAUGCAAUCGAUUGUCUGCCUAAAUGGGAGGCACAGCCGUGGACUCAAUGUUCGCGCAGUUGUGGCGGAGGUUGUUCGCGCAGUUGUGGCGGAGGUGUAAAGACAAGAAAACUAAAAUGCAUUAAAGAAUUAGCAUUUGGACAAAUAGUGGAGCAAUCGGUGUCUAAGUGUCCGAAAAAGCGUCCAAAACACACGAAGACAUGUAACUUAAAACAGUGUAGAAAUCCAUUGCUUGAACUGAGAAAAGAAUCCAUGAAAAGGAUAUCAUUAAAAGUGAACGGAGAGGCGAUCGUUAUGUCGGGAACUAUACUUCGGUUGCGGUGUCCGCGCCGUAAGUCCGACAGAGACUUAAGUCACACCCAUUGGACUAAAAAUAACGCCAGGAUUUUGUUUGGACACAGAAUAAAAAUGACCGCAAAGAAUGUACUUCGGAUCAGAAACGUUGAAAUAACCGAUUCUGGCGUUUAUUCUUGCAGUUGGGAUAACAAAACCAAUCAUAAGAUUGAUUUAAAAAUCAGACACAUGUCGGCGUCGGCUGAGGACCGGACUGUUGAGCGACACAGCAUUGGAUUAAAUAAUUUUGAUUUCGGAAAAAUUGUCAAAAAUUCAGAAGAAAGGAGUGACAGAAGUCAUGAUAACUCGCGAAUGACAAGCAAUGGGUUUAUAAACAAAAAAGCUAUUCUAAUGAGAAGUAAACCGAAGCGAGCCUUCAGUUCGCAGAGGGAUUCGGUUCUCAAUGAAGAGUCAUAUUCUGGAGAAUCUCCGGGCGUUUCAAAUGGCGACCAAAGAAUGGAUACUUUUGAAGUGAAUUACGGAAAUGUCAACAAAGAAGUCGCCGAUCAGGUCGUCGACAAAGAAGAGGACAAUUCUGAAGAAAAAUACGGAUCGCAACCAUUUCAAGACGAAUCGCUUCUAAUGUUAGAGAAUAUUUUGGCAGAUCUGAGAAAAUCUCAAUCCAAUACUUUUGAUACCACUUCUGAUAAUAAGCACAAUAGUAGUCAUAACACAGAAGAUCCUCAAAACAAUUACAAUUUACUAAUCAAUGCAUUGAUCUCAAGAAAUGGUAGACCAGAGCACUUGAGGUUUGAUUGGUUGACCACAGAUUGGUCCAAAUGCGAUCAGCCCUGCAAUGGCACUGAAUAUCAAGUCAGAGACAGUCAAUGCCUUAUAAUAUACGAGAAUAUCUCGAAAACCAUAGAUAACACGAUCUGCGCCUCCGCUGGUCUUCCGACGCCGAAGACUAUCCGGAGUUGCAGGCAAUCUGACUGUCCGUUUUGGCAAACGGGUCAGUGGUCUGAAUGUAAUAAAUGCAUAGACUUGAGGACUGGUGUACAACACCGGGAAGUGAAGUGUGCGCUAAAUAAUGGAUCACAUCUCGAUCAUAACGAAUGCCAAUCACAGGACAAACCAAUUAUCCAAAAACAAUGUGUUAAUGAUUUAUGUGAAGGCACUUGGAUUACAGGGCAAUGGACUCAAUGUAAUGCAAAAUGCAAUGAAGAGGGCUAUCAAUGGCGUACAAUUGAAUGCGUUUGGUUUAAUUCUGGCGAUUCGGCCGGUGAUGCAUGUAAUGACAAAACCAAACCCGAUGUUCUCCAGUCGUGCACUAAUCAUACCUGUAGUCAAAAUGAAUGUGUGGAUACAUCCAAACACUGUCUUUUGGCCAAAUCGCUGAAUAUGUGUCGAAUCGCUCAUUACGUACACCAAUGCUGUCAUUCCUGUCGUAAUCUAAACUAAUGUUUCCGUUAUAAUCAAAAUAUGGGCUCAAAAUUAAUAACUUUGAGCAAAUCAAAUGAAC